AUGAAGAAAUUCCUGAGAAAUAAGCGUGUUAAGCACGAAGUGAAACCAAUCAAAGUGGAUCGAAUCAUCAAGAAGAAGACGUAUGAACUGAGUGAGUCACAGAAGAUUGCUAAGAUGAUUGCAGCAGAAGUCUGUGGGCUGCAGCCAUACGAAAAGAAGGCCAUUGAAUACAUAAAGAGCGAUAACACCAAGAAGGCAAGGAAGUUCCUGAAGAUUCGUCUUGGAUCCCUCACAAGGGCAGAAAAGAAGUUCGAACAGCUCAUGAAACUGGUCAAAUAA